AUGCGACAAUCAAAUUUGGUAACCUGCUAAAAACACAAAAGAAAAAUGCUUUUUAUUUGCAGAAAUAUUGACAAAUGUGAGUGCUGCUUGAAACUAUUUUGUGAAAGAUGCGUCUCAAGUUUCAAAAAAAAAAAUUAGAAAAAAAAUUACAUUGAUAACGAAAAUUAUCUUCAGAUUGAACACGAUUUUGAGCUUUAUGAAGAGUUUAUUAAUAAAAUAGAGCAGUUAUGCGUAACUAAUGAAAAUUAUUAUUAGAUUUUCAACUAAAUACUUUGUUUGUACACAUAAAGUUAAAUCCAAUCUCAGAAACUCAAAAUGCGCAUAUUGCUAGAUUUAAAGGUGAGUUUGAAAAUCUGUUCUGUAUUCUAAAAUAAUUUGCUUUAGCUUAGCUAAUAAAAUAGAAAUUCUCGAUAGCAAAUUAGCGAACUAACUCUUAGUUAAUCUAAUAUUUAAUAGCUUAGAAUUUUUUAUUCUGAUAAAAUAGUUCAGAAAUAUUCAAAUUUGCUUCAAGCGAUAGUAAAUGCUGAGUAAGAACCUAUUUCUUAUUAAAAUACUUUAUUUAAAUAGUUCUCUGGGCUCAAAGGCAAGUAUAUUAAAUAAUAGAAAUUUGAUGGUAUAUAAAGAUAAUUUCCAAAAUAUUUUGUAGUACUAAACCGUUUCCUAUACGUUUAUAAUCAAGAGUAGUAGUUUUUUAGCUAGUUUGAUUUGAGUUUAGGAGUUGAGUUACCCAAUUAAAUAUAUUUGCCUGAUAGGAUUAAAAUACCUAUUAAGUGUUAAAUAACUCCUGUUACAGGAAAUAUUAUUGCUAUCCAUCAUUAAAAAAGCUUGCAUUUUGUCGAUAUAUAGUCACCUUAAAAAUAUAAGAAAUAUAUCUUUCGUGAUCUAAUAUAAAGCUUGACCCCCUUUGGUAAAAAUAGCAAAAAAAUUAUUCUCUAAUUUAAAGGCCGAUUAGAAUUAUGGCUCCUCGAUAACAAUGGAAUUAGAUGUCUGAAGAGAUUUUUUCAUCCUGUAAUUUAAUACUAUAAUAAUAAGUGUAUAGUAUUAUAAGACUCUAAAAAAAUAAUUUGGUAUUCAGCUUUCUCUGUAUUAACAAUAAAUUUAAUCACAGGAAAUAUUGAGCACUCUGUCCUAACAAGAGAAUAUAUAGACUAUAAUCCAAAUUACUUUUAAUAAAACGUAGAUGAAUUGAUAAAUGAUAUCCUUGCUUAGAGCAUUGGAGUUCUAAGAAAGUUCUCUAUCUAAAACAUAAAAAAAAUAAAUAAUUAACUGUUGCUUAUUUAAUAUCAGGACUAUAUUGAGAUUAGACAAAUAGCUGAUUUAAUUCUUAUAGAAAGAAUAGAAAAUUUAUAGUGUGAAUCUACAGCCAUUAUUUAUGAAAAUAUUCUCCUAUUAGCAAAAACAAAGGACAAAACUAACGUUUAAAUUGUAAAUUUGCAAGAUUAUACAAUUAAACAAAUCUUUUCUUCAAAAGAAAUGUAUACAAAAGCCAUAUAUUGUGAUUCAAAACUCUAUUUAGUUAAACAUACUUACUUUGAGAUUUCUAAUAGAAACUAAUACUUUAACACUCUAGUCUUAGAUGUCUAUAUGUGA